CUGGGGCAGCGAUAGCCUGCUCUGCUCCCGCCACUAUAAAAGGCCUCGAGGUAGAGUGGACUAGGACGCGUCGAUCGCAGCAAGUUUGCAGGUCUCUCACUCUCGCACAUCACGAGCUAUCUCGAGCUCCAAUUAAUCUGCUAGCCAAGCCAAUCUCCGCUCCCACCCUAGUCCAGCCCUUGCCUUCGCUGCUUGAGAUGGAAGCGUACGCGGCAAUGGCUUCGCCGCCCACGAAGGCCAUGGCCAUGGGCUUGGGCGUGGACAAGCUCAGCUACGAGAUCUUCUCCCUGCUGGAGAGCGAGUUCCUGUUCGGCGCCGGGUCCGGGUGCCUGUCCCCGGGGCCCUGCACGCCGGCCCGGGCACUCCUUGGCGGCGGGCGCGUGCGGGUGCUGGCGAUCGACGGCUGCGGCGCGGGCGCCGAGGACGCGCUCCUGGCCGCCGCCGCGCUCGCGAGGCUCGAGGCCGGGCUGCGGGACCACGCCGGCGACCCCGACGCGCGCGUCGCCGACUUCUUCGACCUCGCGGCGGGCGCCGGCGCGGGUGGCGUGCUCGCGGCGAUGCUGUUCCUGAGGGGCGCCGACGGCCGGCCGCGGUACACGGCCGACGAGGUGCUCGCGUUCGUGGCCGGGAGCGUCGGCGGGAAGCGCGGCUGGGGAGGCCGCCGGCGCGGGCGGUGGGCGAGCCUGUUCCGCGGCGCGCGUAGCGGCCGCGGGGGCCGGCUGUUCCGCGGCGUGUUCGGAGACGCGACGCUCAGGGACGCCGUGGCGCCGCUCCUCGUGCCGUGCUACGACCUCGCCACGGCCGCGCCCUUCGUGUUCUCGCGCGCCGACGCCGUCGAGAGCGACAGCCUCGACUUCCGCCUCCGCGACGUGUGCGCCGCCACCUGCGGCGCGCUCGCGAGCGUGCGGUCGGUCGACGGCGCCACGGCCAUCGUCGGGGCGUCCGCGGGAGUGGCGGGCAUGGGCAACCCGGCCGCCGCGGCCAUCACCCACGUGCUCCACAACAAGCAGGAGUUCCCGCUCGCCACCGGCGUCCACGACCUCCUCGUGCUCUCCAUCGGCGCCGGCGCCUCCUCGGCCGCCGUGUGCGACGGGUCCAGUACGCCCGUGCCCGCGCGUUCCCCGUCGCCGCGGGAGCUGGCGCGCGUGACCGCCGAGGGUGUCGCGGAUAUGGUGGACGAGUCGGUGGCCACGGCGUUCGGGAACGCGUGCGGACGCAGCUACGUACGCGUCCAGGCCGGCAAGGCGCCGGCGCCGCUCCACGCGGCCACCGCGUCCACGGCAGCGGCGGCGAUGCUCGCGCAGCGGAACGUGGAGUCGGUGCUGUUCCGGGGGCGAAGGCUGUCGGAGCGGACUAACGCCGAGAAGGUGGACGCGCUGGCCGUGGAGCUUGUUAAGGAGCAGGAGCGCCGGCGGCGCAGCCCGCUUCCGAACGUGGCCAUCAAGCAGGUGCCCACGCCGCGGCUGUCGUCGGCGACCGCGACGUCAGGCACCGCGACGGCAAGGACCGCGUCGGCGAUGCCGUCGCCGGCGUCGUGCGAUUCUCGCCGAUAGUUGUGUUAAUUAGGCCGUGGCGCGAUGACGAGUUUUUGUUUUCAAAUGCAUGUCACUAACAAGGGUAGAGCAGUGACGUGUGUUCUUUUGCAUAAUGGGUCACCGACAAGUUUGAAAAUGAAUUCAUUUUCAUAUACACGAACGUGUACUGCUAUAAAGUUAACCACAAAUAGAGAUUCAACCGUGGUUGUUAACUCCAAAUUA